AUGUCUGAAUCACCUCUGGACAAUCCCAACGGUCGUGGUCUGACCUGGAUCUUUGAUCACUGUCUGCGAUACCCGACUUCCUAUGAGAUUCCUCUUCGUACCAUGUACACUAUCAACUGCAACCCCGCCAAGAACCCCAACUCCACUCGUCCCCAGGAGUCCGCCUUUUCCCCGCGCAACUCCGCCUCCUCCAAGUCUUCUAGCUCGGACGAUUCCAUCGACGCCAGCGCCGACUUUCGCUCGCAGCUCAUCUACCAAAUCUCUCGCCUGCCCUCGCAGCCCUGCGCCCUGCCCCCGGCUUUCCUCACUUCCUUUUUGCGCCGUGUUUGGAUUGCCGACCUCGACCAGGUCGAUUUCCCCCAGGCAUUGACUGCCCUGGACUACCUGCGGGACCUUGAUGCCCGCUGGAAAAAGGAAAUGUACAAUGCCAUUCAGCGUCUAGGUAUCAGCCGUGCCGAUGUCGAAGACCCUGUUCACUCCGGGCUGGCCCUGAAUUUCCCUGGAGUCAUGUCCUGGCUGGAGACCAUGAAGAGCAAAGGACGCUACAUGGAAGCUUUGUACACCCAGAUCUACGUCGGCCUGCGUCGUUGGACUCUCCUUAACGAAAUGAUUCUUGACCACACCAACAAAGCCGCCCACGUCGCCAUGCUUAACACUCUUUUCCCGCCGGUCUCGGAGAAAAGCCCAACCCCGACCUCGCAAUUGACCCACCAUAUUCUCAAGGUGCAGCGGUCCGGGUUCUUUACUUGGAUCAACGCUGUCAGCAAGGACGGUAACACGGCUAUACUGAAGCCGGUUAUCUCGCAGGGCGCCCCCGAGGGCGAGGAUUCCAGCUGGCCUAUUGUCCGUGAUUCCGUGGAGAAAUAUCUGACAAUGGCUCAAGAGAUCAUUGAUGAAUGCAUGUUGAUCCAUGAGCCGAGUUAUCUGGAGGAGUCUCAAUCUCCUCAAUCGGCCCACCGUACCAAGGGUCGCAAGGUUGACUCGGGUAUCAGCUUUGCUUCUUCCACCAGCAACCUUAGCUUGGAGGAUGCCCCCCAGGAGAAGCCUCUUCCCUACUUCCCAGCUCCCAGCCCCACCCAGACAAAGUCUGCCGGUUCGGCCCUGGAGCGCCUGGCCAGUGAGAUUCGUCGGAUGGGUCUCGGCAGCAAAACCAAGAACUUGAAGAAGAUGAAGUCUACCACUACUUUUGGUAUUCGUCCCAGCAGCCAGGAAAGUUAUGCCGAGAGCUCUUUCUUUGAGAUCGACGAGCAGAAGCGCCGCCGUCUGAUUGGCGAAGCCACCAGCCGCAAGAAGUCGCAAGCAAAUGAUUCCGCCAUCCACGCCCAGUGA